GUAGCCUGUGCAAAACCCGUGCGGUGGAGUUGUGUUGCCUUUGCGCACUAUUACGCACCGACAUUAACUUCCAGGACAGGAGCACAUAGUGUAAAGGAGUGGGAUUUGGUCUCCUCACAUUAACAGGAAAAAGGACAUUUUCACUGGCAGCUUGAUCUUCAAAGCACAGCAGAGUCAGCUGCCAUCCAUCUGCACAGGAAUGGUGGAUCACCUGCCGCUUGGUGAGGAGACCUUCCUGUAUUACACCGGCUCCCCAGAGUCUGACUACAGCUGUGUCUGUCGCCACACCAAUGGUGGCAUUUCAGGCAUCAUGGUAACUGAUGCGUGCACCUACCAGAACCACCCCUACCAAAGGGUGACUCUUGCUUCUCCGCCUUGUCUCUCCGAGGACGACCUCAGCGACUCAUCCAGUCCUCGCUCCUCCCUCUGCUCCAGCCCUGAGUCUACAUCACCGACAUCACAGAUCUUCCUUCGCUCUGGCUACGAAAGCAAGAGCAGCAGGGGAGGUGGGUUCUGCAUCCCAUCAGGAGGAGAAGGUCAAGACAGUCUGUUGGACCUCCUUCUCUCACAGACCUCCCUUAACACCUCAAUAAGUUCCAGUGGCAGCAUCAGCUCUCUCUCUUCCUCUCUUUGUCCUUCAUCCCCAGCAUCUUCCACCUCUUCAUCUCCCACUGCCCCAUUUUUGCCAAUGGGCCUGGCAUGGGAGUCCAAGAGGGAGCAACGAUUGAGUGUCCUGCAGCAGCACACAAAAGAGGAUUGCUUCGAGUUCCCAGUCUUCCUCGAUGAGCUUCAAGAUCCGGAAGCUCUCAUCUUUCAGCCCACUCUGGAGGAGAUUGAGGAGUUCUUAGAAGAAAACAUGGUUGCGGCAAUGGAGAAAGAAGAAGAUGGGAGCGAUGAGGCAAUGUCACCUCCGAUGUCGACUUCUGAUGAUGCUGAGGCAGAGGGUUCCAGGACAUUAGCGGGAGAACUGAAAUCAGCAUCACAGAACUCAGAUCAGACUGUGCCUGUAGCUCAUUCACCUCUAUCAUAUUCAGAGACCAAAUGUUCACCACGUGAUUUGGACAUAGACAGCUCAUCAUCUGCUGUGGAUGCUAACUGUGUAGCUGCUACUACUAACAGUCACAUUGAUGGGAUCAAACAGGAAGACUGUGGAUCAUCACCUGCUUCUUUAGAAAGUGCCAGCACUACCUCCAGUGUGCCUGUCAUCUUACAAAUCCAGCCCAUACAGAUCAAACAAGAACCAAACCCCAGUGCCGUAACAGACACUGCCACCAAUCAAUCCCAGAAAACCCAUUCCCAACCAACCCAAGCACCAUCAGACAUCAAAAUUACUCAGCUCUUGGUCAACAUCCAGGGGCAGACCUUUGCUUUGGUGCCUCAGUUGCUAUCUCUGGGGGCUACGAGUGCGAACAAAACUGGAGGCGCUGCUUCAUCCAAAUUUGUCCGGAUUGCGCCAGUGCCCAUUGCAGCUAAACCCAAUGGGCUUGGGGAAGUUGGUCUAGGUGGAAGUUCAGCCACAGGGGUUCUUGCUGGAGGUCAAAGGUACCAGAAGAGUGCUGUAGCAGACCUUAUUAAAAUGCACAAGUGCUCUUUUCCUGGCUGUAAUAAAAUGUACACCAAGAGCAGCCACCUUAAAGCACACCUGAGGAGGCACACAGGGGAGAAACCGUUUGCCUGCACAUGGCCCGGCUGUGGAUGGAGGUUCUCUCGAUCUGAUGAGCUAUCCCGACACCGCCGCUCCCACUCCGGCGUGAAACCAUACCAGUGCAUCGUCUGCGAGAAGAAGUUUGCCCGCAGCGAUCACCUGUCGAAACACCUCAAAGUCCACCGCUUUCCACGAAACAGCAGGACAGGACGCUCUGCAAACGGACCCCUCUGACCCCGCUGUGACUGACUGAUGAUAAACGGUGGAGGAAGGGGAGGGGUGUAUGUGUGUGACGACAGACAGAGGAGGGCAUAGGGGUGGAGGGGGCGACAGUCCAAACACCCUUAAAAGGAGUCUGUGCAGGGCUCUUUUUUGCUCAUGUGUGUUUAUGUUCUCAUAUGUGCGUGUGACAGACUUUCAUGGUACUGUGAUAAUUUAUUGGGCGGCGAGGAAAAGACUGUAAAAACUAGAACAGAAAACUGUUACUUGACACAGCAAUCUCACAGGUGGAAUAAGCUUCUUGUAUAUACCAAAUUUAUUCGCAAAUGCUUGUACCUGAUCUAUUUUGAAGAAAGAUUUGCUAUUUUAGAGUAUUUUUACACUCUGAGGUGCAUAUUAUCCCAAAAACAAAACUUUCAUAUCACUGGGGAAUGUGCUACUGCCCUCACCCCCUUUUUUCACUUUCCUGGAGCCAAAUGGUUUUAAAAGUGAUAAUAGCAACAUCUAAUUGUUUAAAUGGCAUGAAUUUUAUUUCUUCUCCAUUAAAAAAGGCUUACUGUGUGAUUAUAAGGAAAAGAUGGGUACUAUCGGGGCCUUGAUUUAGAGUAAUAGAUACAUCAACAUUCCUUUAGCUUUCAAAAUGUCUUUGUCGCCAAUGAGUCUUGUAAGUGGAAAAACACUGUAGUAAAUGCAAGCAUGGGGAACAAAGCUCAUGUUCCUGUUGAUUUACUGCUCUCAAUCGUAGAUCAUGACACUGUGUAAUUUGCACUUGCACACAUGAAAUUGUAGUUGUCUGCCCCAUCUGAGGAUUUUCAGUAUUUGUGUUGUUUCACUGCGGUCUGACUCCUGUCUUUGAUUUAUUAGACUAAAAGACAUUUUUUAUGGGCUCUUUGAUUCAAACAUAAUUGCAGUCAGCAGCAGUUAAAAAUGUGUCUUUGACUCGUAUGUUACAAUUAUUUUGUGACAUAAUGUGAUGCUGUAUUGUUCACUUUCCGUAACUUAAUUUACUUCAUCCCACUGCUGCAAAGUAAUAGAAGAAUGUAAAUUUUGAUGCUCAGCAGUGCAACAAAGGCAGGAAUUAAUCUGAAAGUUUCCUUUAUCUUGCCACUGAUGUACUUCUUCUUUUCUUUUUUUUUUUGAAAUAUUAGGUGAGAUUGGAGCUUUUACUCCUUGAAAGGCUUUUCUUAAAACAGGAGUUGUAUACUGAAGAUAGGGGUGAAGUAACAAAAUCAACCCCUGUUGACAAACACAAAUGCACUAAUGCAAACUGUAGUAAAAUUAAAGCACAAACAGAAAACAAACUAAGUCGCCAGAUGUUAGCAAGCGGUUAGCUAACAUUAGCUACCAAAGCUUCUGGUCAUACCAGAAAAAACAGGACUUUUGAGCAAAAUUAUGUAUUGCUUAUAACUAACCUUUUUUUAAAGUUGAUAAAGGUACCGUGUCCUCUUUUUAAGACGUAGAUUAUAUGGAAAUUUUAAGAUAGCUUACAGAGGCAUAAGCUAGCUAAAAAUGAAUAAAUGCAACUGGAAUUUGUUGGUACCUUGUACUGAUUUAGUAAUUUUUUAAUCAAUUUGUGACUGGAAUUUGGGUGCUAUAAAUCAGAUCAGACAUUCAUGACUUGCCACCGGAUAAUUGUCAAAGGAAAACCGGAAAGUGAAAAAGCGUACAAGAACUAUUGUUUGCCCUCAGUCUUGAAUGCAUCACGUCUGCCUUUGUCUUGUACUGUGUGGGAAUAGUAACACUUUUUGAAGCUUUUUGUGCAAGUUGCUUUAUUCUGUCAUUCUGCAUCUCAGUUGAAAUUAAGCCAAAUGAGUCCUGGGAGAGACAGCAGAUGCUGAUCAGCUGCUGAGUCCUGUGCCAUAAAGUUGGUAGAAACCUAACAUUCAUUAUUUAAAUGGUUUUUUUAAUGAUUGUAGACAAUUGGAAUUUUGUUGUUUUUAGAAAUGUUUAUUUGCCCAAUGAUUGACAAACCAUUUUAAGUGUCUGGUACACAUCCCCUGACUCUGUUUGGAGGAAGUGUACAAACUCUGUGAGGCAUUCCUUCCAUGCAAACAGAAGACACACUUUUCUGAAUGGGUAUUAUAUGUGAUCCCACGAAUGUAUGUAAAUACUAUAUGCAUCAUAAAGGAGAACUGAAAUAUUCUUCUAGUGAUUUUUGUGAUUGUGAACAAUUUUUGAAAAUGUAAAGUAAAAUGUACAUAACAUGAUAAUUCUCAUAUAUAGUGUAAAAUAUGGAAGCAUAUUUUUGUCAGGUGUCUACACAACAUGUUAUUAAAGAGGCUUAUGCUAUGUUUCAUGAUAUACUUCUACAAAAAGUAUAUACAUGCCAAUAUCUUGCAAUCAUUUGAUCAAAUGCAAAUAACCUAAUAUAUCACGAAACAUGGUAAGUUAUUUAAAAAUGUGUUCUGUGUACACUUUAAACCAAAGAGUUGCUAAAGAAUUGUAUAUUUUUGCUUUGUUCUACUAUGUAAAACACAUUUACAAUAAAAUUCCAAAACUAAA